UUUGGGAGGGUUUCUCAGACAGAGGCCCAUGCGUCCACCACAGCCUUAGGACUCGCGGCUCAGGCUGCAGUAGACGCUGCCUUCUGACCUCGACACUGCAGCCAGCAACAGCAGCAGCAUGGGAUUUUGGGGCACCUACCUGCUCUUCUGCCUCUUCAUUCUGUCCCAGGUCGCUGCAGAGUCACCUACCCCCAAGACCAAGAAGGCUGCCAAUGCCAAGAAAGAUGUGGUGAGCCCUAAGAUGUUUGAGGAGCUCAAGAGCAGACUGGACGGCCUGGCCCAGGAGGUGGCCCUGCUGAAGGAGCAGCAGGCCUUACAGACGGUGUGCCUGAAGGGCACCAAGGUGAACUUGAAGUGCUUCCUGGCCUUCACCCAGCCCAAGACUUUCCACGAGGCGAGCGAGGACUGCAUCUCGCGCGGGGGCACGCUGGGCACGCCGCAGUCGGGGCUGGAGAAUGAAGCGCUGUUCGAGUACGCGCGCCAGAGCGCGGGCAGCGAGGCGGAGAUCUGGCUGGGCCUCAACGACAUGGCGGCGGAAGGCGCCUGGGUGGACAUGACCGGCGGCCCCCUGGCCUACAAGAACUGGGAGACGGAGAUCACGGCGCAGCCCGACGGCGGGAAAGCCGAGAACUGCGCCGCCCUGGCCGGCGCGGCCAACGGCAAGUGGUUCGACAAGCGAUGCCGCGAUCAGCUGCCCUACAUCUGCCAGUUCGCCAUCGUGUAGCCAGGAGAAGGCGCGGGCCGGGGCGGGUGCGGGCCACAGAGGCAGGGUUGACGGGGGGCUCGUGGGCGGCUAUGGGAGCAGCCGUCGGGCCGAGUCGGACACUGGGGAGUGAGGCGCGCGCGGUGGUCCCCGGUGAGAGACGAGCUGAUGCAGGUGCCCAGAGAGGGGCGCCAAGACUUUUCUGUCCCCGCUUCCUCCCCGCUUGGUUUUUGCAAAUAAAGCUGGUACAGAGUCCCUGG